AUGUCUCCCUCAAUAUGGAACCUCAUGAAGCGCUUAGGAUCAGAUCAGACACCGCCUGCUUCGCAACGAACAUCGCCUACUGGUCACUCGAAGCUCCAGAAAAUGGCACCCGGACGGGCUGUCAACUCAAUUGAUUCCCACUCCUCGGGUAGCAGCAUUGAAGUUGCGUCACAGACCUCACAUAUCAAGGAUGAUGACUACUCAAACUUCAUGAGCGAUGUGCUAGUUGUUGGUGCUGGACCUUCCGGCCUUAUGCUUGCUGACAAUCUUGUGCGAUUUGGUAUCAAGACGAGGAUCAUAGACGAUCGACCCGACCGCACCUCGACCGGACGCGCCGAUGGUAUUCAGCCCAAGACAAUCGAAACACUGCGACAAAUGCGCGUUGCAGAGCCCCUUCUGCGGAAGGGCGUGAAGAUCUUCGAUAUCUCGUUCUGGAAAUCCUCGAACGACGAACCGUUGCAUCGAACAGGUCGCGAGGUCCACUACCCACCUGUGGUAGACCUACUUGAUCCUUAUAUCUUGUUGGUCCACCAAGGUAUGGUUGAAGCUGUCUUUGAGGACGACCUCCGCGAACGAGGCACUACGGUGCUGCGCGAUACAGCCUUCGAGACCCUCGAGUACACACCACAAAUGAUUCGGCCGUUGACUGUCAGCUGCAGACAGGACGUCACCCAAACAAAAAGGUUAUUCGCAACUCGAUAUGUUGUCGGCUGUGAUGGUGCACAUUCCAAGGUGCGCAAGUGCAUCCCGGGCUCGACGCCUGUCGGUGCUUCUUCAGACGCCGUUUGGGGUGUACUGGACGGCGUGCUAGACACAGACUUCCCAGAUAUCUGGAGCAAGGUUGUCAUUCAAUCAGGGUCUUUAGGCUCGGUCCUGAUGAUUCCUCGUGAACGUGGCCUAACGCGUCUGUAUAUCGAGCUUCGCCCAGGAUCAGAGGAGGCGGUAUCAGCAGGCGAGCAGACGCCUCAGGAGUUUGUACAGAGUCGCGCAAGAGCCAUUCUGCAACCAUACAGGCUUGAAUGGAGAAGCGUCGAAUGGUUUGGACGAUACAAGAUAGGACAAAGGGUAGCCUCCAAGUUCACUGACGCUGAGCGCAGAGUCUUCAUUGCCGGAGAUGCCAGCCACACCCACUCACCAAAGGCUGCUCAAGGUAUGAACACAUCAAUGCACGACUCAUGGAAUCUUGCAUGGAAGAUGAACUUCGCCGUUCGUGGACUUGCCAAACCCAGCUUGUUGGAAAGCUACGAGCAGGAGCGCAAAAAGAUUGCCCAAGAUCUCAUCGACUUCGACUAUGAACACGCCAAUGCCUUCCAUGACGGCGAUCCGGCUGCACUUGCAGACAAUUUCGCCAAGAACGUUGCCUUUAUAUCCGGAUACGGUGUCAGCUACAUACCAAAUAUCGUGAACGUCUUCGCCAAGGAGUGCACGCGAGGUCACCUCACACCAGGAUUUCUGCUACCCCCCGCCAAGGUCACACGGUUCAUUGACUCAAACCCUGUUGACAUUCAGACCGAUAUCCCUGCACUUGGUCAAUUCCGCGUCUACUUCUUCUGUCACAACGUUCACAAGGCGAUGCCGUUCCUCGAGACGAUCUGUCACCAACAUUCUGGCAUGAGCUCGUAUGUCGGUCGUAUCACCGCCGCAGGUAAUGCAUCGUACACUAUGCAGCCACCGCUCGCCGCGCCACACGAUCAGUUCGUCAUCCCUGAGCGAUACACACCCGUCAGCGGCAUCUUCACAUAUGCCCUCGUCACCGACCAGAACAGAGACGAGGUGGAAAUCAAGGACUUGCCACCUAUUUUGCGUGAGUCGUCGUGGUCCUUCUACCUUGACGAUGUGCCCCACAAAGACACCCGCAAGCAGACCGUGAUGGACAAGUGGCUGGACGGACUCGAUGGGGAUGAGGUCGUUAUUCUGAAUGUACGCCCUGAUGGCUACGUCGGCACUAUACGCAGGUUCGCGAAUGGCAGCAGAGAGAAUGGCAUGGUCGCCACCAAAUGGAUGGACGACUACUACGAGGGCUUCAUGAGAGACCAGUAG